CUGACGUCUUGCAGCUUCACGGAAUUUUUCGUGUGAAACUCGCAGCCAUUACUGGAAGACGAGUUCAUCUAGUGCUCAUUUUUUAAGAAAGUAAACACGUUCUCAAUUUUAUAGAUGAAGUCUUGAUAAAUGUUUGUUCGAAAGGAUGUCCUCUGGCUUCUAAUGAUGUUGUGCAUGGGAAUUGCUGCAUGACAAUGCAGUCAAUUUUCAUAAUGGAAUGUUUGAAGUAAAGGUGUGAGAGAAUGAGCAAGUGAUGGGUAAAUAGUUUGUAACAAAAACAAACGAUGGAAUUCGUGAGUGACAGUGGAGAUGCACUUGAUCCGCGCAUACAAAUCGAAUUGGAGAAUUUGAAUAAUGCCACUGAGGAUAUAAACAAACUCGAGAGUGAGUUGGAUGAAGCUCACUCAGUCUUCAAACAAUUACUCUCGGAUUACGGACAGUUGAGGGAAAUCGCCAGUAAGAUAGGCCCAGGUUGCAUUGAUAAAGCACGAUGUUAUUACGAAGCCUUGGAAGAAGCGCGACGAGCUCAGGUGGAGUGCCAGUACCAAGCGCAGCUAUUUCAACGAGCUAGCGAAUUUCAUGCAGCGGCGAAGAAAAAUGCUGCCUCAGCGGAAAUCAAAUGCAUGUCGAGCAAGCAGGAAGUGAAUUUUGAUCAAACAUGGCAGGAUAUGCUGAACCAUGCGACAACAAAGGUGAUGAACGCAGCGAAUCAAAAAGCAGAGUGUGAAAAAGAACACCUGCAAAAAGCCUUAAUCUUCGUUAAUGCCGAAAGAAAAGCCCAGGAGUACGAGAAGAAAUACCACCGAGCGAUAAUCAAAGCGCGUCCGUACUUCGAGGCGCGAACGAUUUGUGAUGAAAAACUGGAAAUGCAAAAGCAGCAAGUCGAGUGCCUGCAGAAAGCUGUGAGGGAGGCGAAAAGGAAUUAUGCCAAGAGUUUUAGGGCUUUAGAAGAAAUUAGUAAUCAGAUUCACGAGCAUCGGAGGGCCUACGCGAAUGGACCACGAGAGCCGGGUGUGGGUGCAGAAUUGAUGACUCCAGAGAUGAGUUUGAAUUAUGAAGAUGAGUUGAAUAGGGAAAUAUUGAGCCCUGAACAUCGAACGGAGAAUAUAAAUAAUCGACUGGUGGAUGGCAGCGAAACACCCCAGACUCAAUGGGAAAUCGAGUUCCAAACGAACAUGAAAAAACUGCACGAUCUGCCCUCAGAGAAAUUCGGGAGUGAAACAAGCAUAGAAAAUUCAAAUUCUGGUUCAUCAAAUGCUCAUCAAUGUGACGAUAGCUCUCUAAAUCCGAUGAGUGAUUCAUGCCAAGACUUACAAAUAAAGUGUCAAAAUCAAAUAUUAACAAAUAGUCCAGUGCAUCCAGUUAUAGAAAAUUACAAUCUAGUGAAUAAUCGGGGGGCCUCAAAAUCUCUGGGAGAUAUUCCAGCGAAUGUCAAUUCGGACUUUGAAGCUAUGAUGAAAAGUGUUCAAUGGACAUCGAAAGAUUAUUGAAUAUUCGAUCUGAUGAAUUAACAUUGAGGGCUUUCUUCAGUAUUUGAUGAAUUUAAUUCGUUGGAAUUUUUUAUCCAUCUUAAAUGCGUGGAUCACGAAGAGUGAAAAAACUCUCUUGUUAUUUAUGCUGAGAGAUGGCCAAUGUUCAAUUGAUUCUCUCGACGCUCUGAAGGAGAGAAAUGAGUAGAACAGCAAGUGAUAUUAAUAAAUAGGGUAAUAACUCACGGAUUGAUGGUUUAACUGUUCUAUCACUUCCAUAAUAGCAUACUAGGUCAUGAGGUUUCAUCGAUGCUGCGCUUGAACCAUUACUAAUGAAUUGAACGAAAUUUCUUCAUUUUUUAUUUCGAUAAAUAAUAAAAAAUGAAUAAAUCAUCGACCAAUGUAAUUCUUUAUUUAAUUCAAUGGAGAAAUGUCAUGCAACAAGCCAACGCAUUAACGAAUUUUUGGCUUUAAUGGAAUACAGAACCGAAUUGAGUAAUACUCCACAAUCGAAAUGCUCAACUGAGAACGUGUGUUCUUGUUUUUCCGUCAAUUGGUGAAUACUAAGGAGAAUGUUUCAUUCUCAAUGUAUUUGUAAAACUAUUUGAUACCUGUUCUUUGUUAAUGUCCAUGGGAAUGACAGAAGACAUUGAUUUUUAUGUAUAUAAUAAAUAAAAGUUUAAUAUUUCUCA